AUGCAAUACAUAUUGCAUGUGGAUGAAGAGACCAAUGUAACCUGGAAUUGGUUUUUGCGUCUUCUUCGUCAACAUGUUCUUAAAGAAAGACAAGUUUGCCUGAUUUCUGAUCGUCAUAAAGGAAUAUUAAAUGCAAUUAGAUUGCAGAGGCUUUGGCAACCCCCAUAUGCUGUUCAUCAACUUUGCUUGCGACAUGUUAGGAGUAAUUUUAACACAAAGUUUCGUAACAUGCAUCUAAAGAAAUUGUGUUGGGAUGCUGGUUCUACCUCUCAAAAUCCCAAGUUCACCAAGAUUAUGAUAAGCCAAAAGCAGAGCUCAACUUGUGCAGAUUUUGACAUUCGUGCUCAAUCACUCUUCAUUGAAGAAGCUCAACUUGUUGGGAUUGAUAAGCCAAAAGCAGAGCUCAUCUCAAAAAUCCUUGAUGACCAUUCCCAAUUGAAAGUAGUUUCGGUUGUGGGAAUGGGGGGACUCGGGAAGACUACCCUGGUGAAAAAAGUCUAUGAUGACGCUGCAGUGAAGAAACAAUUUCAGAGCCAUGCCUGGAUAACUGUUUCUCAAAAUUUUCAGUUCAGUGACAUCAUCAAGAACCUGAUCCAACAGUUGUACAAUGAAAUCAGAGAAUCGGUCCCUCCCGAAGUGGAAUCCAUGAAUGAAAUUAUGCUGAGUGAAUUUGUCAGAGACUUCCUCCAAGAAAGAAGGUACAUUCUUGUCCUUGAUGAUGUGUGGAGUAUAGAUGACUGGGAAGCUAUCAAAUGUGUAUUGCCUGACUGCAACACUGCUAGUCGUGUUGUAUUGACAACACGAAUAGCUAAUGUAGCUCCUGCGUCCCGUUUAGGAUCUCUUAACUUCGUCUAUAAGAUGGAGCCUCUUUCUGAUAAAGAGUCUUGGACUCUGUUUUGCAAUAGAACAUUUCAGAGCAAUGACUGUCCGACAAAUCUAGAAGAAAUUGCUAAAAAAGUACAGAAAAAAUGUGAGGGCCUACCACUUGCAAUUGUUGCAAUAGAUGGUGUUUUGGCUCAGAAGGACAAGGAAAACACAGAUGAAUGGGAGAUGAUUCUUCAUGGUUUUGGUGGUGAGGCUGAUGGCAAUAGAAUCAAAAGCGUACUCUUACUUAGCUACAAUGAUUUGCCUCACUAUCUUAAAAGCUGCCUAUUAUAUCUAAGCAUCUACCCUGAAGAUUAUCCAAUUGAUGUGGAAGAUAUACUUCUGAAAUGGAUUGCACUAGGAUUUGUAGAAGAGAAAGAAGAAUAA